AUGACGUCAAGUGAUCAUAUCUUUGAAGAAGAUGUCGACAAGAUGAUUGAAGAGAAGCAAAAGGAGGAAGAUGAGGAGAUGGAUGAGGAGAGUGAUGGAGAGGAAGAAGUUGAUGAGGUAGAGAGGGGUCGAGAAGGAGAAGACGAAGGAGAAGAAGAAGACGAAGAAGAAGAAGACGAAGAAGGAGAAGGAGAAGGAGAUGGAGAAGGAGAAGGAGAAGGAGAAGGAGAUGGAGAGGGAGAAGGAGAAGGAGAAGGAGAAGGAGAGGGAGAAGGAAAAGGUAAAGGUGAAGAGGACGAAGGGGAUGACGAAGAUGAUGCUAGGAAGGGAGAAGCUGAGGGAGAUGAGCUGGAUGAAGGAAAAGAAGAGGAAGAGGAGGACGAAGAAGAAGAAGAAGAAGAAGAGGAAGAUGAUGAUGACGGUGGCAGAGAAGAAGAUGAGGGUAAUAGUGAUGGUGAAGUUGACACGGAAGACGAUACAGACGAUGUUGGAGGCUCUGAUGAUGUCGAAGGGACAGGUGAAAGUAGUACAAAAACGACUGAUACGAAGUAUGAUGCACAGCCCCCCGAUACUUCUAAGCGAUCAGAACCGGGGUCUGCUAAAAUUGCUACUGACAUAACGGAGCAAAGUGAUUCGACGGAACUAAUCGAAACAGUAGAACAAAGCAAAUUUGCUGACCGGAAGAAUGCAAAGAAAACCGAGAGUCUAGAGCCAGGAGUUCAUGGAAAGACCAGCCAAACGGAAGAGAAGGAUCUCAGCUCUUCUGUUGAGGAUAAUUCAGAUCUUACGGCGCGUCAAAAGCUAGUAAGAGACGCAUCUAAGGUGAACGUAACUGAAAUUCUUCCCCUGGUAGCCAUUCCUUAUUCGUUUCCCGUUCAUUCUUUAGCUUUUAGUAAGGGUCCUAAAUGGAUGUUUACCGGAGGAGAAGACGGUCUUAUUAGGAAGUACGAUUUCUUUGGAUCUGUGGAGGGAAAGUCCCCGUUGACUGUGGCUCAGAGGCAUCAGUUAGUUGAUUCGAUAGCGUUUGGGGGAAUGAUCUCAUCCUAUUGGGAGAACGAACAACCCUACUAUAAAGAGGAACUAUUGAAAGAGUUGGUGAAGGAACAACAAACAAAAGGUAAGGGAGGACGGACUAAGAAAAUGGACAUUAAUUCAAUUACAUUAUACGAGCCUCGGCUGUCGCCAGUAUAUUCUUUGGCUGCACAAUCGGAUGCGUUUUGGUUGUUAAGCGGAUUGAAGAGCGGAGGAAUAGCCUUACAGUCUACUAGGUCGAAUGAAGGCUGUAUACAGUAUUACUUCAAAAAUGGUCUCGGAGAGCAUCAGCACAGCAGUGCAGUGUCGUGUCUAAAAUUGAACUCUACGGAUGACAAGUUUUUAAGUGGUUCGUGGGAUAAAAAGAUCUUGCAAUGGGAUCUCAACACCGGUGCAUGCACUGCUGUUUUCAACAAGUCAACGGGACAGGUGUCGAGUAUUGAUUGCAGGCCAAUUGUUGGUAUCGAUAUACCUCUUUUGAAAGAUGAUGAUGCAGGCGAGGAUAUGGAUUCGAAGCCAGAUAAAGACGCCGCUGAGGAUGAUGAAGAUAGCACAAAGGGCCAGAUUAAAAAAGAUCUCGCCAUGGACUCCAAGACCACACUCCAGAAAGGACGCUAUGAAGGUGUUAUUAGGUCAGACAAUGUGUUUGUAUCGUCAUCUAUUAACGGCAUAGUGAAUAUCUGGGAUGUGAGGAUGCCGGAAGAAAGUAAUCAGGUCGGAACUAUAGGGCUUCAUAAUGAGACGAGCCCGUGGUGUAUGUCGGCCAUAUGGUCUGUGGACGGAAACUCGAUCUUUGCUGGAAGAAGAAACUCCGUCGUGGAAGAAUAUGAUGUGAGAAACUUGAAAAAAUAUAAGGACGUUCUUCGGUUUCCUUUGGCCUCUGGACCAAUCAGCUGUGUUCGCUCUCUUCCCAAUAAAAAUUACCUACUCUGCGGUUGUGAAGACAAUAUUAGGCUGUACGAUCUUCGACUCUCUGACUACCACCAGGGAGAAGAAGACAGGUCCUAUGAUCAUCAUCGUGAUCACCAUCAUCAUAAGAGGAGAAGAAGAAAAGUGCCGUUUAUGAUUGUUCCGGGACAUAAUGGAGGAGUUUUGAGUGAUAUGUACGUAGAUCCAACCUCCAGGUUUGUGGUCAGUGCUAGUGGUAAUAGGGGAUGGCACGGAAAGGCCAGCGAUUAUGUCUUUAUCUACGAGAUCCAGAAGGCAUGA